AUGUUAUGCUCAAUGCAAACCACACUACCCUGGUGUCCGUCUACGAGCAACCACGGUGCCUCCCAGAGCCGAGGCGCGUCAGGUCAGGCCCACUUCCACGUCGAGGCAAUUCAGACAGGACGAGGUACCAUCCGCCGGUACACAACCCCUUCGCUGACUUCAGAGAACGAGAUCAAUAUUAGUGCAAAGAUGCCGGCUGGGUCGAGCAUGCCUGUGGCAGACAUUGACGAGGAGGACUCCAGGGCCACCGAUCCAGUCACCGCGGCCGAGGUGCCAAUCGCAAGCAACGAGAACACGCUGGCGGGGCCAGAUGCGGCUGAUGUGGCGGGCUUGUUCGAGGAAGCGAAGGAUGAGGAGGGUAAGACAGCGGUGGCAUCUUCAACGGAGUCUUCUUCUUCGCCGACCGGGGGCGACGGAGGACACAAGUGA